AUGCCUCCUACGGGAAGAGAACAUUGUCAAGGUUUACCUCCUGACAUCCUUAGCGACCUUCAUGAUAAUGUUAUUGAUGUCAUUCUGAUGUUUUUGCCUUGUAAAGAUGCUGUGAGGACAAGUGUCUUAUCAAGGAGAUGGAAAUAUCACUGGUGUAGACUUGCAAGAUGGAAGUUUGAUGAAUCUCUUUGGAGCACACAAAAGGAUAAGCUUUACCCUACAGUUAAAUUUAGAAAGAUAGUCUACCAGCUUUUGACCCAUCAUGAAGGCAUCUAUACAGUGCAUCAUCAUCCAUCGGCCUGUGAAGGAUUUGAUCGUUUAAUCAGCCUGGAACUAUGUAAAGUCACUAUUUCUUCUGAAUUGCUUGGACAUUUAAUAUCUCAUUGUCCGUUGCUUGAGAAGUUGGUGCUGAAAAUCGGAAAAACAUUAAACAUCACUGAAAUCAAUGCCCCAAUGUUGAGAUCCUUUGAUUUCACAGGCAGCAUAAGUUCUAUCUGUUUAAAGAAUGUCCCUCUUCUGGCAAAAUUAUCUCUGAUAUGUGAAAAUUCUUCUAUGGAGGCUGAGACGUUUGAUUAUGCAAAGUUUUUCCAGUCUCGUUCUGCUCUUGAGCACCUCAUCUUGAACUUCCGGUAUAGCCAGUUCUUUGCAGAUGAAGCACCAACAAGGCUUCCCUUUUAUCUGAACCGUGUCAAACAUCUUAACCUGUCUCAUGUUGAGCUGAAGGAAUCAUAUACUCGCUCAUGUGCUCUCUGCUUGAUACGUAGCUUCCCACAUUUAGAAUAUCUCAAAUUAGAGGUUCUUAGCAGGCGGCUGGUUUACGAUGAAGCUGAUAGUGGUAUUCAAGAAUCCCUUGAACUCGAACAUUUCUCAGAUGUCACAUUUAAUCACCUCAGGGAAGUUCAGAUAAUAGGCUUUAGUGGAACAACGCCUGAGAUGCAGCUUAUCAAGGUUUUGUUAGCCAAGUCUCCAGUAUUGGUGAAAAUGUACAUCGAUCCUGGUAUUAUUAUUGACACAGGAUCAGAAAUUCUUACUGAGCUAGUAAAAUUUCAUCGUGCAUCACCCGAAGCAGAAAUAAACCUGGAGUAUUAUGGAAAGUUAGAACUGAAUAGGCUAGAAACAGAUGUCGAUGGAGUUGUUUAACACUGUGUUUUCCCUUGUUGUAACAAGGGAUGGAGUUGUUUAACACUGUGUUUUCCCUUGUUGUAACAAGGUAAAGAGACGUGCGAAAACCUGUUUCUGUUUUGGAACAUUUAGCAUUUCUGGAAGGAUGCUUUGAUUAGUUUGUUCUGUUAUAACAUUAGUAUCUGCUUAUGAAAUUUUACACACACUAGAGCUGUGUUUUGCCUUUCCUUAAUGUCUGUUCCAAAACAUGAGCAUUGCUAGAUGGAUAUUUUGAUUAGUUUGUUUUGUAACAAUAUUGUCAUUAUAUUUUGCUCAUGAAUGAUUUAUGGAAUGUGAUGCAUAGGAAGUACUUUUCAA